AUGGGCUCGACUCUCCCCUAUCUGAAGACCAACCCUCAGAUCAUUUUCUUCUCAGAUUUUGAUGGCACUAUUACUAUCGACGACAGUAAGUCCAUAGCAUCUGCGAUACUGAUCAAAACCCUCUGCCAGACCGACAACCUUGGCUUUGGCCAGGAGAAGCGCCGCCAGCUUAACAAGGACGUACUUGAGAAUAAGGUUACUUUCCGUGAUUCUUUCCGAGAAAUGCUCGACAGCGUCCCCAAUGCUUUCGAUGACUGCCUCGAGAUCCUCAAGAAGAACAUGCGCCUGGACCCACAUUUCAAGGAAUUCUACUACUGGGCUAAGGAGAACAACGUUCCUAUUGUGAUUUUGUCCUCCGGAAUGAUUCCCGUGAUCCGGACGUUAUUGGAGACGCUCCUGGGCCACAACAUUGAUGACCAUCUCACAAUUGUCGCCAACGACGUUGAAAGUCGCGAUGGCAGGGACAUCAACACUCCGGGUGGGUGGCAAAUAAAGUAUCACGAUGACACCCACUUCGGCCAUGAUAAAUCCUUGGAGAUUAAGCCGUACGCUGCGGUGCCGUUCGACGAGCGUCCGACCCUGCUUUACGCCGGCGACGGUGUGUCGGACUUGUCUGCUGCUAGCGAGACAGAUUUGCUUUUCGCAAAAGCCGGCAAGGAUUUGAUCACCUACUGUGAGCGCGAAGGAAUGCCAUACACGGUCUUUGAGGAUUGGUCAUCGAUUCUUGCCACAACAAAGGAUAUCCUGAGUGGCAGGAUGAAGGUAAAGAAGGAACAGAAGGAGUAA